AUGCCUACGCCAAUUGACCUUGGACAGUCCACCAGACUCAACUGCGAAGUUGCAGUCUUCAGCGGUGCUUCUGGUCUCGAAGCUCAAGACUUGGGUGCCAAACGCAUCGAGCUCAAUGCCCCAGGCUCUUACGAAGCAGGUGGCCUCACACCCCCCGUCAAGGAACUGACUUCAAUUGCCUCGCAGCUUGAAAUCGCCGUCCGCAUCAUGAUCCGUCCUCGCGGGCCUCCUCGCGCUGUCGUCUCGCCUGGUGGAGAAGAGGGCCAGCAAAGGCCAGAUCAGCAACAAGACCAUGAGCUUCAAGACUUUGUCUAUACCAAUGAUGAAAUCGCUCUCAUGCUGCAGGCAAUCGCCGACUUCAAAGCCACUGGCGUCAUGAAUCCCAUUCGUGGAGACGGUUUCGUCUUUGGGGUACUCAAGCGCCAGACCAAGCCUUCAACUCUUGCCAAAUAUCCCGAUCUCAAGUACACCAUCGAUGAAGAGCGCUGCAAACUUCUCAUUGAUGCUGCUCGACCUUUUCCCUGCGUCUUCCACCGCGCCUUCGACCCCAUUGCCGCAAGCGAACGCUGGGCCAAGGGUAUUGAUACUCUCGUUCAAUGCGGCUUCGAUGGUGUCCUGACUUCUGGCGGCAUGGGCAACUGUUGCCAGUAUCUUGACAAGAUUGACGCAAUCUGCCACCGCGCUGCUCCUCAUAGCCUUCAGGUCGUUGCGGGAGGCGGUGUCCGCCGGAACAACGUGGGAGAGACGGUCGCGCAGCUUUCAGUCCACGGCACUAAAAAUGUGUGGAUUCACACUGCUUCGCUCACCGACAGAGUUGACCAUGAUGGCCGCAGGCUCGAAGAGCUCGACGGGCGCCAGCUCAAGGGAAUUGUGUCCACGAUCAAUACCACCAAGCCAAGCUAG